AUGGCUUGUGAAACUGAAAAAUGGUUGAUUUUGCAUCUCUUUCUCUUAGCUGCAUGCUAUGUGCAACGUUCUUGUGUCUUCGGAGAAUCACCUCAAGUGCCAUGCAUUUUCAUAUUUGGUGACUCCAUGUCUGACAAUGGAAACAACAACAACCUUGUAACCCAAGCAAAAGCUAAUUACGAGCCAUAUAGCAUCGACUUUCCACCAACUGGUCAACUAGGACGGUUUACCAAUGGACUAACAACAAUUGACUCUAUUACCAAACUACUUGGAUUCGAGAAGUUCAUCCCACCUAAUGCAAACACUAGUGGCGCAGACAUCACUAUGGGCGUUAACUAUGCAUCUGGUGGUUCAGGUGGAAUUCGCGAUGAAUCUAGCACACAAUUGGAAUAUAAUUGUGUAUUCAUUGAAUAUUGUCUUUUUUAUCUAUUUAUUUUAAAAUAG